AAAGCUUGUGCGCUCUUCAGUUUGACGUGUGUAACUGCACUUCCGGUGAUCUCAGCGCUAGAAUGGCUGCAGUUUUUACGUGUUGUUUGGGCUGCUGCGGGGAUGGCGGACCGGGUCAUGCUCCCCUUAAAGAUAUGCCCACCGUACAGCUAGACACGCAUCACAUGGGGACGGAUGUGGUCAUAGUGAAAAGUGGGAGGCGGAUCUGUGGAACUGGAGCCUGCCUCGCCAACGCCCCUCUACACCAGAACAAGAGCUAUUUUGAGUUCAAGAUCCAGUCCACGGGUGUUUGGGGGAUCGGUGUGGCCACUCAGAAGGUGAAUUUGAACCAGGUGCCACUGGGUCAAGACAGUCACAGUUUGGUACUUAGACAUGAUGGCUCAAUAUACCACAACAACGAGGAGAAGAACCGUUUACCUGCCAACAGCCUGCCUCAGGAGGGGGAUAUAGUGGGCCUGACCUAUGAUCACGUGGAACUGAACCUGUACUUAAAUGGAAAGAGCAUGCACUGUCCAGCCUCAGGUAUUCGAGGGACUGUAUUCCCCAUAGUUUAUGUGGAUGACAGUGCCAUCAUAGACUGCCAGUUCAGUGAUUUCUACCAUACUCCACCUGAAGGCUUUGAAAAAAUUCUGUUUGAACAGCAGAUAUUUUGAAUCAUCAGCUACGUGUGCAGACACACAUAAUGUGGAACUGUGUGUGUGGCAGCACAUGCUUAUGUUCUCUUUCAAUGUUGCUUCUGCCUUUCCUGUUACCACUGCUGCUCUUGUCCAUUUGGAAGACAAACCAGGCUUUAUUUGUGUGUGCGUGUGUGUGUGUGUGCGUGCGUGUGUGUGUUUGUACACGCACAAAUGACAGAGAGAAUCUACAACCCAGACAACACUUUACAUAAGCACUGAAGACACUUACUGAUAUCUGCUUUCUGUAAUGGAUGAUAUUGAUAAACUGAGCAUAUCCUUUUAUUUAAUGAAAAUGUACAGUGAUUAGCAGCUGAUCAGCUUUUUGUUCGUAUUUUGUGUUUAUUUGAUUUGAUUUAUGUAGAAAUUAUUGUUGAUUUAUUGUUGACUUUCUCUAUCUACACAAAUAUCAGCUCUCUUGAAUGAACCAAUUGUAUUUGCACUAGUUAUGUGUGGUUGAGAAUCAUAUCAAACAUCUCUUGUUAAAAUAUAUGAUCAGAAACAGUUACAUUGAUUUUUGAUGAGUCUGUUACUGUAAUUUUUGCCUUUUUGAUCUGAACUUGGCAUGUGUAUUAUUUUCAUGUUGAUAAACUGCUAACAAUAGCAAUUUUCAGUAUUUUCCACAGUAUAUUUGAUCACUUUACCUCUGUGAUCUCUAUUGCGCACAAUAUGAAAUAAGUGACUUUGACUGGACAGGCUCAGGAGUGUUUAACCACUAAAAUGUUUAAGACAUGCAUGAAUCUGUUUAACAUGGUCAGUUCUGAUGCAUUAGCAUAUAUCUUACCAAAACCCUUCAAAUGUGUUAGAUUGAAGAUUCACCAAAAUAUUUCAUUUUGCCUCAGAUAUGUUUUUCUCCAAUAAUAUUGUACUUAUUCACAUUUCCACAGCAACAUUAAUGACAAAUAUUAACCAAAAUUUGCUGGUUACAGCAGACAUGUUAUUAUACCAGAGUAUAUCUACUCAUAUCACUAAACCACUAUUAAUUAUACAUUAAUUUUAUCUUAAAAAGAUUAACAUGAACAAAAUGACCAUGCAGUUACCCAAAGGCAAUGUGCUUUUCAGAAAAGUCACUCUGAAAGCGUUGUGUCCUGAAAGACUUGUACAAUUUUUUUGGUCCCCAACAAAGCUUGAAUUCUCUCUGUACACUGUGUCUUAUGGUACAUUCCACAAGUGCUGUAUUUAAUAAACUUAAAUAUUCUG